AUGAUGUUGCAAAGUACUCCUACUGCGUCUACUUCAAGAAAUAUAUCAUCUUUAUUGUGUGAUGUAACAGCUAUAUUCCAAAGGAUAAUGUUGUGUUGUAUAUUUUAUACAUGGACACAAUUUAAGGAAGCUUUAGACACAUUUAUGAAGGAAUCCAAUACAUCCUAUCGUGUUGAUUCAAGUAAAAAAGAUCGACCCGGUGCUGAUGACUACAAGUUUGUUAAGUUUAAAUGCACUUUUGGAAGUCAUCGUGCUCCCCGAGGUGCUGGCUUUAGGAACAGAGGGUUCAAAAGUACAUCAUGUCAGUCAAUAAUUCUAGUCCAGCGGAAAUCCAACGUAUACAUGAUAACCAAGUACAAAACUGUGCAUAACCAUCCCUGCACAGCAAGUUUUAUGUCCACCGAUGUAUCUAGACGUCGGUUAUCAUCACAAGAAAUGGCAAUUAUCCAACCGUUCAUUGAAAGGAAUACUGAUGUCCAUGAAAUCAUGGAUCUAGCACAUGAAAAGUUCGGAAAAGCGCUCCUGUAUAACGAUAUUAAAAACAUGCGGGCUAAGAUAAAUAAACAAAUUGGUUGUUUGGAAGAGCUGCUUCAUCGACUGAGGCAGACAGGUCCAGUUAAAGUUUUGCAGGACAACGCAGGCUUUGUAUCUAAAAUCAUUUUUGCUCGUAAUGAUAUGAUGGACGUGUAUCAUAAGUUUCCAGAAGUAGUUGGAAUCGAUUGUACUUACAAAACGAAUAAGAUGGGAUGGCCUUUAUAUCAGUUUGUUGUGACUGAUGGAUUCGGAAGAGAAAGGACUGUUUUGUUUGCUCUUACUAGCGAAGAAACGUUUGCAGAUAUCAAGGAGAUAUUGCAAACGUUUAAGAGAUUUAUGGUGGAUACAUCGAAAACAUUAACAUUCACUGUCGACUGUGCAACUGCACAGAUGAAAGCCCUAAAGGAGGAAUUCCCCAGUUGCAAUAUUGUUUUGUGUCUUUUCCAUGUAUGCCAGGCAUUCAGAAGGAAGUUCCCAAACCAGCUUGUUAAAAAGUG